AUCUGUCAAGUCACGUCCUCUCCCUGCUCUCCCUUCUACAGUAUCACCGCAGCCAGGCUAGGGGCACUCUGGUCUGUGCCACCCUCCAAGCCAGACAGACGGCAGGACAGGCAGACAGCUGCCUCUCAGACCAUAGCACAUUAUGGAGGCUCUGUAUCUCCAGCCCUUGGAAAAGGAUGGGGUGAUGGUGGAGGAGGAGGAGCAGGAAAAAAGCAGGGAUCAGGAAGAGGGAGGAACUGAGGCCUCGUCUCCCAUGGGCUCCACCACAGACGAGGAAACAGACGAGGACUCUGAACCUGAGCCCCCUCCAGUUGUUCGCAGGAAAGUGUCAUUCGCUGAUGCAUUUGGCCUCAACCUGGUAUCAGUGAAGGAGUUUGACAAUGUUGAAGGGACAGAGUCAGAGGUCAGCCAGUCUCCUGAGAGGGAAGUAACCCAUCCUUUAGAGGAAGUCUACUUGUCCUGUCUGUUUACGGUCCCUUUGUCCCCAGAGGAGCUGGACCAGAGGCUACAGGUGCAGAAGGUUGAGCUGGAGAGCAUCGAGCUUCUCCCAGGAACCACCACGCUCCGCGGCAUCGUCAGGGUGGUCAACCUCAGCUACAGUAAGUCCGUUUAUGCCCGGAUCUCUCUGGAUUGCUGGAACAGCUACUUCGACCUGUUGGCGGAAUAUGUGCCUGGAUCGAGUGACAGGAAAACAGACAGGUUUACUUUCAAGUAUACUCUGAUUCCUUCCUUUGAACGAGACGGGACCAGGGUGGAUUUCUGCCUGCGGUAUGAAACAUCGGUGGGAACUUUCUGGGCAAACAACCAGGAAAUGAACUAUGUGCUGUUCUGCCACCAGAAAGGACAAGCGAAGGAGCCGGGGCCUCAAAUGCAAGAGGAGAGUACCAGCUACAAGAGCAAGAGGAGCUGUCUCAAAGCUAACAGGAGGGGAAGCGCAGAGGAGAGGACCAAGGAGACCGUUAACACAGCAACAGUUUGUGCAGAAGCACAGGCCACUCAUAAAGCAGAGGAGGCUGACAGAAAGACAGUGGACAGUGCAGAGAUACAAUCAUUUUUAUACCGUGAAGAACACAAACCUUUGGUGGAUAGCGUAAAAAGCCGGCACAGAGCAACACGUUUGGCACGUGUGCAGGAGUGCCUCUCCCGGAGGAGACAACAAGUACCGAAAGCUUAUCCACAUGACUCAGCCAACGGCCAGAAGAUUUCUCAGCCCGUUCCAGCCCUGUGGGGUGGCUCUGCCAGAUUUCUCUGUAACCAAAAGAAACAACUCAAUGAGAGUCCACAGGUCCUCACCUACCAUCAGAUUCCUCUGCUUACACUGGACUGGAACAAUGACAAACCGCAGCGGUGGGGGGCUGCUGAUAUGGAUGACAUUUGGACUGGAAGAGCAAAACUGACCUUGUCAAAAGCGUCAGAGGAAAACGUAGAAGACAAACCUUCUGUUAAUGAUAUGUGGGAGACCUUUCUUAAUGGCACAGAUGAUACCACAGAUAAAGAAACCUCAGUGAGUGAUGUAUGGCAGGAAUUUCUUAAUGGGCCGAGCUGUAAGGACCAUUCUGGUGUUCCAGAGUCAGAGUGGCUGCAGACAGCAGCGUCAGUGUCUCCCUCAAAUGAUAAGGAGCCUCAGACCCAAUAUGCAGCAAGCAGUCAAGAAUUUCAGGUGGGCACGGAUACACCCGCCACCCUACACGCACACACCUCAGCUGCAUGUCAGCUGCUGUCAGGCAAACGCGAAACACCGUUGGCUAAUGUCACCUUGAACGCCGAAGACCACCAGCCAGCAGAGGCAUGUGUCAGCAGUCCAAGAGAUGACAACACAGCGACACAAGAUGCAUCCCAAAGGUCACAGACAAACUCUGUAACAGACACUUCGCAGGAAUUUAGCCUCAAGGGGGCAACGCCUGUGUCCAAGGGCUCUGUUGACAGCACAGCUGAGUGUCACAAGUAUGCAAUCUGUGAGCGAGAAAGAGAAGAAAUAAUAGGAGAAGCAGAAGGAAUAGGAGGAGACGAGCCCUUCACACCGCACACAGCUGACUUAGUAACAAGCUCAGGGGAAUCGAAGACAACAGACAUGACAGCAAUGCCAGAGUCUCAGAAUGCCAACACUGUUGAUAGGAUCUCACAGGGAGCAGGGCUGGAUGAGGGUCUUUCUUCCAGCGGGGAAGGGGAGGUUACAGGUACAGCACACAAUGCAACGGAUGACACGCUGGCAUUUAGUGAGACAAUCAGACAGGGGACAAAGAAUGGGGAGAGGUUUGUCUUUUCCACAUCCAGACAAAGAGCAGAGGAAAGGCUCAUGACGAACUGCAUGGAAAAUAAAGUAUCAGCGGAGGAUGAGAUAUUUAGGCCACAUAAAACACAAGAGUGUGAAAUCUCCCAGAGGUGUGCAGAUGAAAAGCAACGUGAGGAAUUCAGGCUGAACCAAAAGAGUGAAAAUCCAUUACACGAUAAUGAGGGAGAUGAAAAUGAAAUAAGACCUGCACAGUCACGUGCACAUGAAUUCAAUCCAAACCAAACAUGUGAGGAAAAUUUCAGACCAUGCCUAGUAAUGGAAAGUGAAUUCAAAUUGGAUGAAUCAGAAAACAAGGAUAUGGCAUCAAAUAACAAAGACUUGGAGGGAUUCAGAGAGACACAGGUGGAAAAUUACUAUUGGAAAAAAAGAAAAGAACCAAAGAGACAAAUUGGAGCAGAAGCUGAAAUUAUUGCUGUAUUAGAUGAGGAAGCAUCAGCCUGGCAGAGGGGAAACACAUCAAUAAUUUCAGAAGUAAAUAAUGAACACUUGCGGCCAGUCCUAGAAGGGGAGGAAUUGGAUGUUCAGAAAGAGGAGGAGGACUCAACACUGAAACAAGCAGAGGAAAAUGUAGAGACAUCUGAACCAGGGGAACAUGUAUUAGUCUCAAAUCAGACAGAAGAAGGUAAAAGCUUGAGUUGUAGUGGAAUAAAUGUGGAGCAACAGGAAAUAAACCCAUCAUCACAGAAAAGACACACUGUGGAAUCAAGGGAAGGGAUGAAAGUCUUCCAAAGUGACCGUGAUACAUUCAGACCUUUUCCAAAAGAUAAAUGCAACCCAGACCCCACUGAGCUGGUAGAACUGAGAUGGAUAUCAUCACAGGACGUUACGAAGGGUCAGAAGGAGGAUGUAGGCAGUGAAAUAAGACCAGAAGAAGUUAAGGCGAAGGAGAAUGUUGCAAAGAAAGACACUUCAAAAGAACUUCAACACCAACCUGAGACAAUAGAAAGAAUAGAGGAAGAUAUGAGUCAGACAGACAAAGAUGAGAGAGAGAGUAUUGGAGAGCUGAAAAUAGAAGCAAUGGGGGUGUUGAUGGGCAACGUGGAGGACCCUCAGAGGGAGAGGAAGAACGCACCCGCUGAAUUGAAAGAACAAGAGUUGUCAGUAGAAGCUGAGAGCUCUCCACGUGUUGAAUCUAAAAAAUUGUCAGAGGGAACAAAAGAACUUAUUACGGCAGAAAAUACUGUAGCACUUGAAGUGAUAGAGUCGAGACUGGAGGCGAUGUUCAUAGAAAGAUUUGGAGAAGAUUUGGUCAGGGGGAUCUGGGAAGAGGUGUUUGGUGCUGGGAAAGUGCAGGCCUCUAUAAGAGACACAACUAAUGUUGAUGGAAUGGGGGGCAGGCUGACAGAUAUACCUGAUAUUACACGUGAUUGCCAUCUUCUUUGUGAGAAAGACUUCAGUGACACUUUUGAUUCGGGUGUAUUUUCCUUGUCAGAAUUACCAACGGAUCCAAAUAUAAGUCCCUGUCAAGGCCUGGAGCACACCACAGUGACUAAUAGCGAUGAAUACUCCCCAAAAGAAAGAAAUCAAUCGCUCGGCACAAUAGAGCAAACCCACUUUCUCUCUGAAUUACACACAGAUUUGAAUUCAAGUGCUGAUCUCAGUCAAGAUCUCGCUGCCACUUUAGCUGCUCUGAAUAGGCAGUCAUUGACUGAAUCAGCCCAAACUCUCAGCUCUCCAAAGGAUCAGGAAAACUACUCUCAAAUAAAAGAAAGAUCAGUCAACCGUCAGGAGACAGGUAGACAAAUAGAAGGCAGUGUAGUCGCCCACAAGGAGAACUUUAAUCGAUCAGAACACCCAUCUCACAAACGCCCGAGCUCCUCCUCUGAGAAAUUAAAAGAGUCUGAUGUUCUCGUGUGGUGGAGUGUAUUAUACACGCUCAGUCACAUCACCAGACUUCUAAUCUGCGCCCUUUUAGUUGCUGGAUUCUUUGUCAUCGUUUUCUUCUAUGAUUUCCCAGCAUUCUUUGCGCUCUACACAUUUUCACUGUGCUGGUGGUUUUAUAAGUGGAGGAGACAUCGGCUGGCGAUGAACAAGGGGAUAAGCCAAGAGUUCGCAGAGAGAAGAGAAGGCGUUAAAGAGUGCAGUGCGUAGCACUUUUCAAACAACAGUACAUCGAUGUCAAAGGAACUGUAAUGUCUUCCACAUCUUCAUACUUUCAUUACACGUUCAGACUGGUGAGACCAUUGUGAUUGUAAGCUACAAAAAUGGGUGCAACUAAACAAAUCAGCAAGAGCAGCGUGUGUUUGGUUGUGUGUUUUUAUAUUUGGUUGUGUCUUUUCUAACUCUAAAUGAAUUUAGUGUAGUGGUUCCCGACUUUCAUUGUAUUUGUCUACUGGUUACAACCAGUUCAAGCAAAGAGUGAUUCGUUUUUGUUUUCUUGGUUCAUUUAAAUGAUUAGAGGAAAGUAUAACAUCAUUUGGUGCAGCAAAAAAAUAUUGGUUUUUUUCUUUCUUCACUUAAUUCAUCUCCUGUUACGUCUCAUGGCCCUUUAAAUUUGUCUUGUGACCCUCUGUGGUUGUCUUAGUUCAUGCAGAUUCAUGAAUGCAGAAUGAUGUGUGUAUAUUUGCUGUGUUUUAUGGGCCCAACAUUACUUUACAAUGUACCAAAUGGAACAAAGUCUUCAGUAAAAUAAAAUACAUGUGACUAAA